AUGGCGACAAAGCGGGAGACGUUUCUUCAGCUUGCAGUGCGGCUGGGACAGGACACGCGCGCAUUGUCCACCCUACUGCUUUCCUGGAACGAUCGCUACCACAAGGAUGCUCUGGGUAUCCUGGACGGACACCUGCGUAGCUUGGGUGCGGCAUCAUCCGAGGCCAUUCUCGGUAAAGACCCAUUUUCCGGGUUCGUCAGUUUAUGUGCGACACUCAAAGACGAGAUACCUUUGAUCGUGGUGGUCACUAUGAAGAAAAGGAAGGCAGGACAGCAGCACUAUCGGAAAGUCCACCGGCGAUUAAUCGAAGACCUUGGGCUUCGCCGGAUGGACAACGAUGUCCGGAUGGCCAACCUCAGGGCAAUCGCAUACGAGAUCUGUCUUCCACGGCUUCAUGUUCCUUACCCUGGCCACCGACACUGGGUUUAUGAGACCCCCGAGAUCGAGGCACUCUGGCGACCUCACAUCGAGACCGGCCCACUGCCAGACAAACGGAUGAAGCGUCUGCCGAUGCUGGCCGAAGACAUCUCGCAGCUCGUCCAUAUCGUUCCGAAGGACAAGAGUGUAAUCAUCUAUGAUUCUGCAACUGGGCAAAUCGCUGUCGCAGUCAUUCGCAAUUUCUGCGGUGAUCAACAAGUCGUAGAUUGGGCAGGAGAUGUGGUUAGUUUGAAUGCGAGCCUGAGGCGCAACGUGCGGAAGGGAGAUCCUGGGACCCUUGUCUGUAUCGGCUAUACAGCAGGUUCACGGUCUAGCCCUUGUUUCGUCUGGACCCGCAACACACUCAGCAAGAAACACCCGCCCGAAUACCUCAAAUCCCUCGAAUGCCGCACGGCGUCGGUCUGUUCCCUCUCAUUCAAUAUGAUGUGUGGCCGUCUUCCCGAUGCCAUCACGCAAGACUUUGAGGACUUCCUCGCAGAGCACAAAUUUUGUCGGAUGGAUGGUAAUGGCGAAAUGGCGAAGAAGGGUAGCACACGUGGGACGUACUGUGUUGAGAAGGCAGGCGAGUUUGUGGAAUUUCACAAUGCCGAACUCGCUCCGCCUGCUGCAUUUAUGGGGGCUAACUAUGCUCGGUACGUCUCCAUGGCACUGCAGUGUAUGGCAUUGUGCUCACGAGAUAAUAGAGCGAUGCAUUCCGAACACCAGCCACACAGAUAUGCAUAUUCCUGGACAACAAAUCGUAACCUGAGCGAUGACGAAGGAGGGAACUUCUAUGUCGCAAGUUAUGGUGUCAAGGUGUGUAUGGCACCGAACACUUUCAUUGCGUGGUGCCCGCGGGACGUCCAUGGUACGAGCCUGAUGAAGCGGGAUCCUGGCCGCCCAGAUCCCCCAUUCGCACAAUGGGGUCUGUCAGUCGCUACAAGUUCACGGCUACCAGGAAUAUGGAAGAAGUACCGUGAGGGGCUCAUCUCAGCUGAACAAGCUGCAAAGGAGUGGGAGGAGACACUUGAGGACGAUCUCAUUGACGACGAGAAGUAA